AUAUCAUAACUGCUCAUAAAAGAUAAAAGAAUUCAAAGUUUUUUGCAGAUGUACAGAAUUCUAAUUAAAGCAGUUACUGCGCUGAAACAUGACUAGUAGAUAGAAUAAAUGAUGAAUUGGACCUCAACCACCUCUCUUGUUGAUGUUGCACAAUUAGAGAGGAACAUGAGUGCACAUACUGUAGUUUAGACAGGAAGAGACUUAUGUCAUACUAAAGAUAAAGUACAAAAACAGAUGUUUAAAAAUUAUAAUUUGUGGUACAAGUGUUUAUGUGCCAGAUUAUUUUUUCCAGUCACUUCCUGGAGCCUUGUUGUCACUGUGAGAUCGACUGAUGCUGGGGUUUUCAGGAUACUGGACACUGGAUUCUUUUAGAGUUGAAAACAAUUUUGACAAGUAUCCCUUAAGUAUAGUUAAUAACGAAUUUUGACGAGCAGGACAUUUCACAGUUGAAAAUUAAACUUGUGAGUGCACUCAGAUUUCAAUCAGCUCUAAUGCACAUCAAUCUUCAGCUGAGAGCUUGAACACCCUUGUAAUCAAAAUGCAUCCUGCCAGUUAUUAUAUAGACCACAGCUCCUCUCAAAAACGAUACACAUUCUCUCUCACACACACACACACACACACACACACACACAAAAACACUUAAUGUGAGCAAAACUAUUGCUGCAGGGUGCUGCAGAAGGCAAAGUCCCUCCCCUCGAUUUUAUGACCAGCACAGUUUUUACAGACUCGUGAGAGAGUGACUAAGAGAGAGAGCAAGGGGAUAGAGGGAUGUAGAAGAGUAUAGUGAUGCACUGGCAUCCAGUCCUGAACAAAGCUUGAACAACAUGCUAAGGAUUAAUCAUCCAACAUCCCUUCAGGAGAACAAAAGGGCCACUCAUUAAUGUGUCAAUGUGGCAAAGAAAAGUACAAUUCUUUUCAGCUAGUAAUGGAAGCAAAACCUAAAGUGGAGGUAAGAAGUUUCAACAACCACUUUUGAUUUUCUUUUACUAUCUAAAGAUAAGCGAGAUCUGCGACUAGCAAAAAUGUCUUCUUCUCCUGGUAUCAAGCGUCGGGAACAUGUGGACAUGAUGUACAUCUCCAUUGAAACAGCUAUUGCCCUGGCCUCUGUGGUGGGGAAUGUGCUGGUGGUGCUGGCUGUGUGUGUGAACCGAGCUCUCCGCAACACCACCUUCUGCUUCAUUGUGUCUCUGGCCGUGGCUGAUAUCGCUGUGGGGGUUUUGGUCAUCCCUCUGGCUAUUAUCAUUAGUCUGGAAUUUAACACUCAGUUUUACACCUGCCUCUUCCUGUCCUGCCUGCUGCUGAUCAUCACCCAGAGCUCCAUCCUUUCCCUCCUGGCCAUCGCCAUUGACCGAUAUCUGCGUGUCAAGAUUCCCACCAGGUACAACACCAUAGUGACCCAGAGGAGGGCAUAUGUGGCAGUUUUUCUGUGUUGGAUCCUCUCCUUCCUCACUGGAUUGGUUCCAAUGACUGGAUGGAAUAACCGCAAUGCUCAAGGAAACCUCAGCAGCUCCAGCGACAUUGUCUGUGAAUUCACCACUGUCAUGAGAAUGGACUACAUGGUGUACUUCAAUUUCUUCGGCUGGGUGGUGGUUCCCCUGUCCGUAAUGAUCGCUCUGUAUGGGGAGAUCUUUAGGGUGAUCCGGCGACAGCUUAACCGGCGUGCUGAAGCCACGUGCGAUGGAGACAGGUACUAUCGGAAGGAGCUGAAGCUGGCCAAAUCACUGGCCUUGGUGGUGUUCCUCUUUGCUGUGUGUUGGCUGCCAAUACACAUCAUGAACUGCAUUAGCUUUUUCUGCCCAAAGUGUUCCAUACCUAAGUUUGCCAUGUAUGUAGGCAUUUUCAUGUCCCAUGUGAACUCAGCACUCAACCCAAUGGUUUAUGCAUACAGGAUAAAUGGGUUCCGUGUCACGCUGAUCCAGAUCACUAGGCGCUGCAUGUUGUGUAAACCCACAGAGCCCACCGCGUGCCCCACCAGCACACCAGCCAUACCGGAGAAAGUGGAUGUAAAAAUGUAACAAAGAACUGCAGUACUCUCGUGCACAUGGUUUACAGUGAGAUGGUGCACCGAUGGCACUCAUUGAAUUACAUGUAUGUGAUAUUUGGAAUAUCAACCGAUUAACGAACACAAAAGCAAAGCACUUCAUUGGGUCAUGGGACAAGUUCAUCUUUGACCCAUUCAUAUUUAUUUGGCAUUUAGAUUUCAAAGAAAAUCAGCCUGCAAUCAACAGAACUAUUAUAUAUUUCCAUCAACAUGCAUUCUUUUGUUUUCAAUUGAUGCUUCAUAAAUUGAUUCAUAUUGAAUUAUAAUAUGUCAACAUAAUAAGUUAUGCAACAACCAUUUCAUGUUCAAAUAGGUUGUGGGUAAAUUCACCAGAAUAAACUUUGAUUGUUUCUCAAAUAUGCUAAUGUUACAGUUCUUAUUUCAAAUUUACAACAAU